ACUAGUGUGUUUACACCGAUCACUACUAAUCCGGACCGAACCGAUCCGGAUUAAGGGGCCGGAGGCGGGUCCUGGGCACCAGCGGUUCCGACCCCCCCGCCCUCCACGCCGCACCCGAGUGGCCCCGAGCCGAGCGGGCCCCCUCCUCCCGGCCCGGCCUGGGCCCUCCUGCGCCUCCCUUGGCCUUUGUCCGGCGCCAGGAGGCCGGUCCCGCGCCCCCCGCGGCCGCCCGGGCCCGGGCCCGCGUCGGGCGCCUGGCUCUGUACGCGAGCCCGGGGAUCUGCGGCCUCCGCGGCCCCCCUCCCCCGCCCGCCCUCUCGUGGAGCCCGGCGCCGGCGGCGGCUGCCUGGGCGGGGGGUUGCGGCGCUCAGGAGAGGCCCCGGCUCCGCCCCGGGCCUGCCCAGGGGGAGAGCGGAGCGGUCCGCAGCCGGGUCGGGUCGGGGCCCCUCCCGGGAGGAGCGUGGAGCGGCGGCGGAGGCGGCGGCAGUAGAAAUGAUGGAAGAAUUGCAUAGCCUGGACCCACGACGGCAGGAAUUAUUAGAGGCCAGGUUUACUGGAGUUGGUGUUAGUAAGGGGCCACUCAAUAGUGAGUCUUCCAACCAGAGCUUGUGCAGCGUGGGGUCCUUGAGUGAUAAAGAAGUAGAGACUCCUGAGAAAAAGCAGAAUGACCAGCGAAACCGGAAAAGAAAAGCUGAACCAUAUGAAACUAGCCAAGGGAAAGGCACUCCUAGGGGACAUAAAAUUAGUGAUUACUUUGAGUUUGCUGGGGGAAGCGGGCCAGGAACCAGCCCUGGCAGAAGUGUUCCACCAGUUGCACGAUCCUCACCGCAACAUUCCUUAUCCAAUCCCUUACCGCGGCGAGUAGAGCAGCCCCUCUAUGGUUUGGAUGGCAGCGCUGCAAAGGAGGUAUCGGAGGAGCAGUCGGCUCUGCCAACCCUGAUGUCAGUGAUGUUAGCCAAACCUCGGCUGGACACGGAGCAGCUGGCGCAGAGGGGAGCCGGCCUCUGCUUCACUUUCGUUUCAGCUCAGCAAAACAGUCCCUCUUCUACGGGAUCUGGCAACACAGAGCAUUCCUGCAGCUCCCAAAAACAGAUUUCCAUCCAGCACAGACAGACCCAGUCUGACCUCACAAUAGAAAAAAUAUCUGCACUAGAAAACAAUAAGAAUUCUGACUUAGAGAAGAAGGAGGGAAGAAUAGAUGAUUUGUUAAGAGCCAACUGUGAUUUGAGACGGCAGAUUGAUGAACAGCAAAAGAUGCUAGAGAAAUACAAAGAACGAUUAAAUCGAUGUGUGACAAUGAGCAAGAAACUCCUUAUAGAAAAGUCAAAACAAGAGAAGAUGGCAUGUAGAGAUAAGAGCAUGCAAGACCGCUUGAGAUUGGGCCACUUUACCACUGUCCGACAUGGGGCCUCUUUUACUGAACAAUGGACAGAUGGUUAUGCUUUCCAGAACCUUAUCAAGCAACAGGAAAGGAUAAAUUCACAGAGGGAAGAGAUAGAAAGACAACGGAAAAUGUUAGCCAAGAGGAAACCUCCUGCCAUGGGACAGGCCCCUCCAGCAACCAAUGAGCAGAAACAGCGGAAGAGCAAGACCAACGGGGCUGAAAAUGAAACGUUAACGUUAGCAGAAUACCAUGAACAGGAAGAAAUCUUCAAACUCAGAUUAGGUCAUCUUAAAAAGGAGGAAGCAGAGAUCCAGGCAGAGCUGGAAAGGCUAGAAAGGGUUAGAAAUCUACAUAUCAGGGAACUAAAAAGGAUACAUAAUGAAGAUAAUUCACAAUUUAAAGAUCAUCCGACGCUAAAUGACAGAUAUUUGUUGUUACAUCUUUUGGGUAGAGGAGGUUUCAGUGAAGUUUACAAGGCAUUUGAUUUAACAGAACAAAGAUAUGUAGCUGUGAAAAUUCACCAGUUAAAUAAAAACUGGAGAGAUGAGAAAAAGGAGAAUUACCACAAGCAUGCAUGUAGGGAAUACCGGAUUCACAAAGAACUGGAUCAUCCCAGAAUAGUUAAGCUGUAUGAUUACUUUUCACUGGACACUGACUCGUUUUGUACAGUAUUAGAAUACUGUGAGGGAAACGAUCUGGACUUCUACCUGAAACAGCACAAAUUAAUGUCGGAGAAAGAGGCCCGAUCCAUUAUCAUGCAGAUUGUGAAUGCUUUAAAGUACUUAAAUGAAAUAAAACCUCCCAUCAUACACUAUGACCUCAAACCAGGUAAUAUUCUUUUAGUAAAUGGUACAGCGUGUGGAGAGAUAAAAAUCACAGAUUUUGGUCUUUCCAAGAUCAUGGAUGAUGAUAGCUACAAUUCUGUGGAUGGCAUGGAGCUGACGUCGCAAGGUGCUGGUACUUACUGGUAUUUACCACCAGAGUGUUUUGUGGUUGGGAAAGAACCACCAAAGAUCUCAAAUAAAGUUGAUGUGUGGUCAGUGGGUGUGAUCUUCUACCAGUGUCUUUAUGGAAGGAAGCCUUUUGGCCAUAACCAGUCCCAACAAGACAUCUUACAAGAAAAUACUAUUCUUAAAGCUACUGAAGUGCAGUUCCCGCCAAAGCCAGUAGUAACACCUGAAGCAAAGGCGUUUAUUCGACGAUGCUUGGCCUACCGAAAGGAGGACCGCAUCGAUGUCCAGCAGCUGGCCUGUGACCCGUACUUGCUGCCUCACAUCCGAAAGUCAGUCUCCACAAGUAGCCCUGCUGGAGCUGCUAUUGCAUCAACUUCUGGGGCGUCCAAUAACAGUUCUUCGAAUUGAGACCCACUUCUAGGCCACAAACUGUUCAACACGCACAAAGUGGACAAAUGGCAUUCAGCAGCGGGUUUGGAACAUAGCGAAUCCGAAUGGAUCUCAUGAAACCUGUACCAGGUGCUUUUAUUUUCUUGCUUUUUUCCCAUCCAUAGAGCAUGACAGCAUCGAUUCUCAUUGAGGAGAAACCUUGGGCAGCUCUGGCCAGGCCUCAUAGGAAAAGGCCCCGCCCAAGGUUCCGGCGUCAACGGCCACUGCAUGUGGCUGCUCUGAGUGAGGAAAAAAUUUAAAAGAAAAACUGGUUCCAUGUACUGUGAACUUGAAAACAUGCAGACUCAGGGGGGUCCCUGAUGCAGUGCUUCAGAUGAAGAAUGUGGACUUGAAAAUACAGACUGGGCUAGUCCAGUGUCUAUAUUUAAACUUGUUCUUUUCUUUUAAUAAAGUUUAGGUAACAUCUCCUGAAAAGCUUGUAGCACAAAGGCUCAGCUGGGGAUGGUGUUUGACUUCGGAGGAAAAAAGUUGCUAUUGCCCGUUAAAGGCACUAGAGUUAGUGUUUUAUCCCUAAAUAAUUUCAGUUUUUAAAAACAUGCAGCUUCCCUCCCCCCUUUUUUAUUUUUGAAAGAUACAUUUGGUCAUAAAGUGAAACCCGUAUUAGCAAGUACGUGGCAAUAUUCAUUCCAAUCAGAUGCAGCUUUCUCCUCCGUCUGGUCUCCUGUUUGCAGCUGCCUCCCUCAUCGCGGUAGGGAGAAAGCUGAGUGGGAGUCCUGAGAUGUGUGGGGUUUCGCCAUUGGACAAAGAAUGAGGUGAGAAGACUGCAGCUGGGAGUCUCUCUAGGUUUUCAACUAUUUCUUCACAAUUUGAACACUUGACGGUUGUCCCUUUUAAUUUAUUUGAAGUGCUAUUUUUUUAAAUAAAGGUUCAUCUGUCCAUGUAGUCCUCUUGGAUUCUCUGAAUGUAGUAACCAAUGGAACUGUUCCAAAGGUAGUCAGAAAUGGGCUGAGGAGCUAAAUGCCCUAGAGAUCAGGAGUUCCUACCCACAGUCUCUGUGUGCUCGCUAAUGGUGUACAUUUCUUGUUAACCACGAUAUUAAAAUGUGAUCAGCACAUAAGCUUUCCUCUCUUAGAUCUUUUGACAGGAAACAACCUCCAAUCCUCUAAAUUUUGUGGGUGUGUGCUGGUGUGUGUGUCUGUGUGUGUGUAUGUGCACACACGCUUUGUCUAACUUUAUUUAAUAGAUUCAUCAAGUGGAGUUUAAAAAUAAGCUCAAGGGAAAUAGGUAUUCUAAAUAUGAACAUUCUUUUAGAACUGAUUUUUAAAAAAUUUGGUUGUUUCUGAGAUGUAUGCUCAACUGAAGAUGGAGCUGAAAUGGGAGCUGUGUGGCCCCACUGUGCCCUUGAAAUGGCAGAGCACUCGACAGUAGAGAGGGAAGGAGGCCAGAGCCCGAACAUGUGGUAGCCAGCUUGGAAUGUUACUGACAUGUGGCAAGAGGGCUCAGCCAGAAAUAUUUAAAGAUGCAGCAUUCAGGCAUGCAAGUUCCCUGGGCAGGGGGAGGGAAGGCAGAAAGGGUAGAAAACCUCAGCUCAGGACUCUAGUGUUUCUUUUACAUGUGCCGCUGGUGACACAUCUUCUAAGACCUUUGUUUGUGUUGUGGACCUGCUCCUGUCUCCCCAGUAUCAGGCGACCUUAAGGGAAAAUGGAGUAUUCCGAAUUGGAGAGAAGUUCGUGGGUAGGUAUUGCCUUGUGGAACUCUGAAUGGAAGGAAGUCAGCCCCAGAGCCCCUGAUGCCCCAGCUUUCCUAAAGCUAUUUUAUUGCAGUAUAUAUUUAUACACGUGUGCAUGCAUGCACUUGCACACACAUGCAUAUAUGUGCAUACCUGAUAUAUAUGUAUGUGUGUAUGUAGUACCUUUUUCUUAACCAUUACUUUCAAGCUCCUAAGCAAAGAGUACCCAAUGGGGUCUCACAGGUGGAGCAUGACACUGAAUGGAUGGUGUCAGCAUAUGUGAAGAGAUGGAUGAAGUUGAGACCAUGUUUAAACUUACUCAGAAUAUGAAGUUCUAUUCCUUUUUUUCUCCCUCUCAUUCAAUGAUCUGGCAGGAGUUUUUAAAGGAAUUUUUUUAAGGUUGGAAGAAUGCUGCAUCUUUAAGCCUUCCCUCUGAACUUCCUGCCUCCUUCUCCCCAUGGGGUUGUAAGUGAAGCUGCAGGACUUUAUUUGUUGAUCUACCUUUUCUGCCCUUGUCCUGCAGGAGGCAUGCCCUCUCCCCUUGCUUUAUUGGGUCUAGGGCCUGCUUGGAGCUGACUGGGCUUGGUUGAGUCUGGACAAGGCCUCUUUCCACUGCAUGAACUAGCCUCAGAAAACAUGCAGAAUGCUGACCUUUUCUAGACUUUUAAGUAGCCAAUGAAAUCACUAAGUGGGGUUCUUCCAUGACAUAUUUUGUUAAUAUGGGUUUCACUUUUUCCAAGGAUAAUCCCUUAUUGCCACAAUGUUGAUUUACUUUAAACAAUGACAAAAAAUGUGUAUGAAUUUGUAACGAAACCCAGCCAGAUUGUGUUGGCCUUUCCCAAUUUAAGGGGUGGGGAAGAUAUUAAAAUAAGUUUUAAGAAGUGAA